UAUUUUCUGCAGCUAGAAAGGUGUACGUGAAAGACAAGUGCCAUGAAUCAGACUGUGGAGCUGCCAACAGAAGGGACCUCCCUGAUCAAAGCUGUCUAUGAGAGUCGACUACGCCUCACCAGGCUGUUGUUGGAAGGUGGAGUCUACGUCAAUGAAAGUAAUAAUAGAGGUGAAACCCCCUUAAUGAUUGCCUGUAAGACAAAACAUUCGGACUCUCAGGGUGUCAGCAAGGCAAAGAUGGUUAAAUAUCUACUGGAAAACAAGGCAGAUCCAAACAUCCAGGACAAAUCUGGAAAGACAGCCUUGAUGCAUGCUUGCCUAGAAAAAGCGGGGCCUGAGGUGGUUUCUUUGCUACUGAAAAGUGGAGCUGACCCAAGCCUACAAGAUUACUCUAACUGCUCUGCGCUAGUGUACGCAAUAAACUCUAAAGACAGAGAGACUCUGAAAAUUCUUCUCAACGCCUGUAAAGCAAGAGGAAAGGAGGUUAUCAUAAUCACAACAGAAAAGUCUCCAUCAGGAAGGCAGACAACAAAACAGUACUUAAAUGUGCCUCCUCCAGAUCUUGAGGUAUGCCACUUUCCAGCCUCCUGCACUUCCCCAUCCAAAAUAGAACUGAAAUUAUCACCCCCACUUUCAAGCUCAAAUGGAACUAAAAGGGCACACUUCAGCUUUAAUGAUCUGGAUCAUCCCAGAAGUACAGACCAUUCUCAGCCAGUUUCACCAAGAAAUUCGAGUUCAUCAGACAUAGGAUCCAGGCUGGCACAUUUGCAGCAACUACAGUCGGAGCCUUGGGUAAAGAGCUCUCCUUCAUCGUUUCACCAGAGUAAGGUUUCCUCUUUACACGGAGAGCUUCAGAAUAUAACUCCAGAAGAAAAGGUCUCUUCUAAAGCCAAUGGCUUUGCCUUAUCAAAGAAGUUUGUUACCAGACACCAAAGUAUUGACAUAAAAGACACUGCUAAUUUACUGAAAACUGCUGCUCAAAGUAGAUCAAAGAAAUUAUACGAGAAGAUAAACUCUCAGAUUUGUUAUAGUGAAGAGGAGAAUCUUCCCAGUGAGAUCCUUGGGGGUGAGGAUGAGAAUUCUAAUCUGGGACCAAUCAGCUUAAUUUCAAACCUAAGCAGUAUUAUAAAAAAAAGAAACUUAGGAGCAAAUUAUUACAGCUCUGAUUCUCAGUUAACUACUACUCUACAUCCUGCUGCUGCAGAAGACAGUAAGUCAGUGAUAGUAAAGAAGAAGACUGUCUCUCCAACUCACUCUUUGUUUCCAAGUUCUAGAGAUUUACUGGAGAGAAUACCUUCUGUUCCCAUGAGCAGAAAAAAUGAGACUUUUCUAGAAAGACAGGGUUCAAGAGCCUUACUGUUGGAUAACACUGCUCAGACAAGACCAGGUUUUCUUCCACCACUCAAUGUGAAUCCGCAGCCCCCGAUUCCGGAUGUUAAUUUCUUACGUAAGGUUUCCAGGGUGAUUUCUUAUGGGCAAAAACACUUAAUGCCAGCAGCACCUGUUUCCCUUAGCAAGACCUAAAAUACAGAAAUGCUACUAAGGAGGCAGUCAUUACAGACUGAGCAGAUUAGGCAAUUAGUGAAUUUUUGACAGGAGAUUGAAGAGUUAUAAAAUGUUUACAAUGUGUACAGACUUGCUGCUCAACCUAACUGUAAUGAUACGCUUCUGAAAAGAUAGCAGAUCUGUGAUGUAGGGCUCUCAGCCUCAGAAUGAAUUAAAUGGCUUAGGUACUACAUCAAAAGAUAUACUUAACUGUCUAAUUAAUUAAUUAAAUGAUGUUGCUUUCUACAGAUUGAGGAAUAUUUAUUAUAUUCUCUUAAUUUCAGCUUUAGCACUGAAGCCUUACCCACAUCAGGCUGAAUCUAUGAAGAAUAUUAGGUGAUGCAGUUUUCAUUUCUAGGUUGCAAGUUUUCCCCAAACACUGCCUUGUUUCUCCACCCAGACAAGUUGUACAAAUGGAAUUUGGGAACCUGGAACAUUUGACUGUGAUGCUGGACAUUAGAGUUUUGUGAUAUCCAGACAUUCCAGACACGAGCCUGUGCUUGAAGGGUGGGCAGUGGUGGGUGCCAACAGGCAACAUCCUCUGGCUUCAGUGGAUUUACUACAUGUAAACAGACAAUACACAGACUAUAAAUGAAAACAGAUGUUACAGAGCUAUGCUGUAUGCGUAGCUUCACUUGAGAAAUUCCAGAUGAAGACUGGGAAUCUGCUUGAUGUGCCCACUGGGAAUCAGCAUACUACACAGACCUCAGAGCGCUGCAGCUGGGCAUUCAGCAUCUGACAGCAGUGCAGCAUUGAGGCAUGAGGUCAGCAGAGUGCCUGAGUGGUGCUGUCACUUCUCAAGUAAAAUGACCAAACCCUGCUUGCAGCACUAGGUAGCCACGUCCAUCAACAUGGGCUUCUCAGGCUGUCUGCUGGAGUACACUGAUUAAAACAAGGAUGGUGGGGGAGGUAAAGGCUCUGUCAGCAUGGGGCUCCUUUACUUGCAGCUUCAGGCAGAACACAUGGGACCCUGUCCUCCCCAUACCUGUGUUUCUUCUCAACACACACACACACUCACACACACACACUCACACAUACACACUCUCACACACACGCGCACACACACACACACACAAAAUCCAACAAUGGGGAUAUUCACCUGGGAGCUGGAAGACCUCAUCCUGCCUAAUUUGAAGCAAAAGUAUGAAUUUGUUACAGGUCAGAAACAUGCUUUGCCUCUAAGAUAACUCACAUAUAUAUAUUUUAAUCGUUUCUAUCGAAGAUGUGUUUUUCCUUCCUGUUUGGUAUUUUGUGGUUCCAAACAUCUAUCUUGCAUUUGUGUAUAUUCUGUAGAUGCUUGAUUUAUGGCAUCAAAUCUAACAUUUAAUAACUUGUCUUCUAAAGAUUGAGAAGUAUUAAUGUGCUCUCUUUUGCUAGUAUUUUUGCUAAUAUUUACCAAACAAACAAAAAAGCCAUCUGUAUUGCUGUCUGUAUAACCUGAAUUUCUGUAUACCAAAAUGAGGUGUCCUUUCCUAAAAAUACUGUGGGUGUUAUCUGCCUUCUUUUGGUUUCUGUCAAAAUUCACUCUGUGCUGUUGCCUAAUGAAUAACUGUAUGAGUAGUGAUGUUGUUUAGUCUUGCCCUAACUAUAAGACAAUUUCAA